AUGCCGGGCGAAACAGAGCCCCUGCUCCCCCGUUACGAGGAUGACACUGCCCGUCAGCGUCAGCUCCACCAGAAGCUCCAUUCCUACCAGAUGCUCCGCGCUCUCUCUGAAGGCUACCUCCCAUCCACCGAGCAAACAAUCGCCAAUCUCCGCACCUUUCUCGCUUCCGACCUUCUCAACCUUCGCAACCAAGACAUCGGUUCCGUCGGCCGCCAACUCGUCCGCGACGCGCGUCUUUGGAUCACCUCCUUGAUCGAGUUCCUGCACGACAAAAAUGGCUCCGAUCAUCUCCAGAACUUCCUCUGGCGUCUCUCCCGCGCCCGCGUCUCGGUCGAUCAGGCCCGCAUAUCCCAGCAGGCGGCGCAUGUGAAAGCACGCGCCGAUACCAAAGCUGCAUAUGAUAGUUUCCGUACCGUGGGAAGCUUACUCCUCACAAACGCUGACUUCCGUCUCUUCGUCGACGAUAUUGCUACCGUUGGCCGCCAGAUCUUUGCAGAUACAGCCUCAUCCCUGGCAGAGGCGUCGAAACAAGUCGCGGAUGAGGUGCAGCCUUCUGAAGAAGAAGAGCAGGCGCUGACGGGUGCGGGCGCUGAUGAGGGUCGGGAGUUGUCGGGGGAGCAGGUGAAAGAGGAACUCAGCCAUAUUGCCCAUGUUGCGGGGAAAGGCGCAGCUCAUACGGGCGAGGAUGCAGUGAAAAGUGCUCGGGAACAUCUUUCCGGUCGAGAACGAGAUACACUGCUCUAUCGGUUAAAGAAGACGGUCCAGAAUCUACGGGAGAGAACUGACUAUACGGAUUCAGUCUCGACCAUUGCACAGCUGGUAAAGCGAUAUGCGGCAGUCUAUGCCAAUGCGGCAGAAUUCACGGCGGAUGCUGCUGAGGAGGAUCUCCAAAUGAAUGAUGAUCUCAAGCAAGCGGUGGAUCAAUUCUGGGGUCUGUUACGGUCGUUUGGAAAUGCAGAGGAAUGGGACAAGUUGCAACAAAAAUUCCAUGAUCUCUUACGACAUGCUAAUUCGGACCCUGAUUUUGAACGGUUGAUGGGUGAAGCUGGCAAUUCUCUCCAGGAUAUGCUCACCGACCCCGAGUUCUUCAACCACGCUCCUGAGAAACUCGAUGAGCUCCAGCAAAAGUCCGAGCGUGUCGGGUCAGAGGGACAUCUGCGCCAGGACUUGGAUGGCUUCCUAGCACAAACCAAACGAGCCUUGCGAUCGGUACCCGAGGACCCUGCAGUGACCAAAGUAAUCAAUGCGACGAAAAGGAUUUACCACAAUGCCUCGGCAGCCUACAAUGACCACAAGGCUGAUCUUCCAGCUGAUAUCGUCAACGUCAUGCUCCCUGUUCUCCUCCGAGCCAUCCAGUACAUCCCAAUCCCGCGUUUGGAGAUCUCCGCGCCAGAGAUGGACCUCCUCUUAGAGAAUCUAAUCCUUGAACCCGGCCGCACAGUCAACUAUUCCUCUUUCCUCCCAUACCGGCUGCACCUCGUCACGCGAAACGACAUCGAGGUCGUCAAGAAGCACUCCAAACGAACCGAGACAGCCAUCAAAACUAUCUUCACAGUAACAGUCCAAGGCCUCAACAUCAGCGCCGAAGAAUUCGGCUACUGGCUCAAGGCCCACACCGGUCUACUCUUCUACUUCAAAGACGAAGGCAUAGCCAGUUUCUAUCUAGACCGCCGAGGAAUCGACAUAACCCUCGAAGUCGAAGUCGGACGCAAUCGACUCGAACAAAUCUUCACCCUCCGAGGCGUGCGGGUCCGCAUCCACAAACUAGACUACAAGGUCUCAAAAAGCAAAUGGCGCUUCCUACUCUGGCUCGCAAAGCCCUUCCUAAAACACCUCGUACGACGAACCCUGGAGAAAAAAAUCGCCGAGGAAAUCGUCGCCGCCGCCUUCGCCUUGAACAGGGAACUUGUCUUCGCGCGCGAGCGUCUCCGCGCAACCCGCAUCGCUAACCCGCAGGAUCUGGCAACAUUUGUACGAGCCGUCCUUGCCCGGCUCAAACCUGCCGACUCGGAUGUGGAAGCCCGGGUCGGUAUUGAUCCUCUGAAGAGUGGUGUUUUCCGGGACGUUUAUGCGCCGGGGAGUAUUGUUAAGACGUGGCGUGAAGAGGCUACCCGGGCGCAGGAGGCUAUUGAGGAUGGUGAUGAGACGCAUGGACUGGGGUCUACCUGGCGGAAUGAUAUUUUUGAUGUUGCGGGCUUGCAAUGA